UUCGAGUUGGUUCUUUCAAAUUCUUCGCUCGCAAUUAGCCAUUGUAUUUGCGUAUCUGAAUGUCGCAAGCAAUUUAAAUAAACUGUUACUGAACAUUGUAAAUGUCUAAAAAAGGCAAAAAGUGGCUCGUUUUAGAGAAGUUAUGGGAAAAAUGCAAAUCAAUAUAACUGUCGCAGUUUUGUUUGCCGUUGUUUGCUUUAAAAAUGUCAAUGAUCGUUAACUUAUACGUGUUAUACAGUUCACGAAUGCUUCCGUAGUGUUUCCAUUUGACAUCAAGGAAACACUGUUUAAAUCAGUAGGGGAGCACAAAGGAAAUAACUGAAGAACGAACUCUUUGUUAAGAAAACAACAAUUCUUCCAAGUCAAUGGAAAUAAUAACGCUAUGAUGGCCUUAAUUUUCAAUUGACCACUCUUUUUAUGGGCUUAUGAGGACAUUGUAGGUCUUUUGUGUCAUCUGACAACAGACGUGGCGCGCCACAGUUCACGACGCUAUCAAUGAUUGGUUGACUAUACAGUAAAUUGUUAUGCUAACCAAUGAUUGGUCACGUCUCGCUGCUCCAAACAGCUGCUACACAAAGACCAAUAUAUUCAGCAAUAUGUUUAGUCUUACAAGUGACACAGGAGGCGAACGUCUGUGGAGCAAAACAAAAUUUACUUUUUACCCUACUCUCGCGCGAAUGAUGUAUGUAUGUAUUGGAAAGGGCGGGUGCCGAACAAACCGCCGUCGCUCGCCCCAGUAUGGUGACAUGGUCCCUGUCUCGCCGUCAAAAAUUAAGCAGAAGCGAGGCAAAAAGAUGGAAGACUACAGCGCGUUAAACGGGAAUUAUCCUUCACCGGAUGAUUCGCGAACAAACUAUAAUUUUCAAGGGGAUUUCGCCGCAAACGCUAGCGUACUUUCGCUGGAUGUCAACGACAAUCACAGAAUUCUUCGUUCUCCAUCGCCAUCAAAAUCUACCACGCUGCCUCGUCGAAGUCAUGGGAAAACACCGCCUCAAAAACCUCCCCGCGGAUUGCCGCCGAAGCCUCCUCGCUUAAUGGAAAGAAAACUUUUUACUUGCGAAAAUCCUACAUGUCAAAAACAGGAGGAACUCUUGGGAAUCGUCGCUUUGGAUUUCAAAUCUUGCCCCUCAUGUUUUACUCACUACUGUUGUAUCGAAUGCCGAAAGGCUCACUGGAACGAGCAUCGAGUUGUGUGCCACUAUGGGCAAGUUGAUAGCCACAUAAAAUCGAUUAUUAAUAUGUGCAAUGAAAAUCGCGACUUGCUGUACCAUUUGACUGAAAUUGCGCGUGAGGGCUUCAUAGCGAAAGGACGCGGAGCUGUUAUGCUUAUCCUUCUCUCUCCGAAAGCCGCAGAACUUUUCAUAAAAAGCGGUGUAGAGUAUUUUCGUAAUCCUAGAAACACGCCAACUUUUUCUUCGUAUCAAGAACUUAAAGACGCCGGAGUUUAUUCAAAACACCAGAAAAUGCUUCUUGGUCUAUUAAAUAGUUACUGCCCGGCUCAAGAAAUGAUUCUGAACAUUGCGGUGGUCGUUGGCAAAAAUCUCCCCAAGAUUCCAAUACCUCGAAAUAAAGAACCUGCGGUUAUUUCGCAAGUUAAGGUUCCGUUCACGAAUAGAAAAGCAUCCAGGACAUUUAGCCCGCAGAACAGCCAAGAUUUUGACAUUUGCACCUACAAUGCUAGAGAUAACGCUAGAAGAAAAUCUUUUUAAAACUGUAAACAGGAUUUUAUUGUCGCUGUAGCAGUUUUUAUGCGUGAUUGCUGUCAAACACUAAGAUUGUGUUAUUUUAUUUUGUCAUCUAUGAAUAAAUCAUGCUUUUAGUUUA